AUGGAUGCGAAGCCCCAGCGUAUCCGCGUCCGUGGGGACGAGAACGCGGCUCCCUUCGCCCUGCCGGCUUCCAAGUCCCUGCAUCAGCGCAACAAGUCCACCCCUGCGCUGAACUUGAUGAUGCAGAACGCUGUCAACAAUGGGGCUCGUCGCACUGCCUUUGGGGAUUUGAGCAACACCAAGAAUGCGCUUCGUCCCAGUCGCGAUGAUUCUGCGUUGGAGGGAAAGCCCGUGGGCAAGCUCCUGGAGAAGCCGGUCGCGGUGGACAAGAAGCCUGCGGUACUGGCCCAGCCUGCCCAGCGGCCCAUGUCCAUGUCCGGGCUCAAGAGCCUGCUGAACAACGUCGUCGACUCCAAACCUGUCAAUCCUGCCGGAAAAGCGCUACCGGUCCUCAACAACACCACUACCAACAACACCCAGGCCAAGCGCAACAACCUGGUCUUUAGAGAUGAGCUGCAACCUCCUCAUAAAUUGAAGGAAACAUCCAAGGAAACUACUGCCCGCUCCUCUACCGUGUCCUCCGUCACCAUCGCGCCUUCGCAGGCCUCGUCGACCACCGCCAACGACAAUCUUGCUGUGAAGAAGGCUUCCAAGCCCCAGGAAAGUUGGAAGGAUGAGUACUCGAUGGUCCUUGCCAAGCAGCCUGCUGUGCUCAGGACGUCCGAGCCCAUCAAUGCGUAUGACCAACACAACUAUGAUCCCGUCGUGUAUGACUACGAGACCGACGAGACCAAGGCCCCAGGUCUCGCUUCCAAGGACCCUACCUCCGCGGUGUCGGAGCCCGAGGAAUACUGGGACGAUGAGGCCUACCAUGAGGUGGACGGCCAGCUCACCGCGCCCUCUCAGCGAUCGCGUGGCGAUAUCACCACUGGUACCGCGACCACCGUGAUCUAUCCCAAGAUGAGCGAGAUCACCAAGGGCCAGAUGUUCCAGGCCAAGGACAUUGUCGAGUCUACCCGCACUCCGGAGGACAUUGAGGAGGAUUUUUGGGAUACCAGCAUGGUUGCCGAGUAUGGCUCGGAGAUUUUCCUUCACCUGCGGACCCGCGAGAUCGAAAUGCUGCCCGAAGCGGACUACAUGGCCAACCAGGCCGAGAUCCAGUGGUCGAUGCGCUCCGUCCUGAUGGACUGGCUGGUGCAGGUGCAUCAUCGCUUUACGCUGCUGCCCGAGACCCUGUACUUGUGCGUCAACUACAUUGAUCGGUUCCUGUCGCGCAAAAUUGUCUCCCUGGGCAAACUGCAGCUGGUAGGCGCGACGGCACUCUUCAUCGCUGCCAAGUACGAGGAGAUCACGGCCCCCUCCGUCCAGGAGAUUGUGUACAUGGUUGACGGUGGCUACACCAUUGACGAGAUUCUGAAGGCCGAGCGCUUCAUGCUGAACAUUCUGGACUUUGAGCUCGGCUGGCCUGGCCCGAUGAGCUUCCUCCGCCGCAUCAGUAAGGCAGAUGACUACGAUCUGGAGACCCGUACGGUCGCCAAGUACUUCCUGGAGGUCACUAUCAUGGAUGAGCGCUUUGUCUGCACCCCUCCCAGCUUUGCGGCAGCUGGGGCCCACUGCCUGGCGCGGCUGAUCCUGUACAAGGGCUGUUGGACCCCCGCCCACGCAUUUUACAGUGGCUACCUCUACGCUCAGCUGAUCCCGGUGAUCACCACCAUGCUGGACUGCUGCGUGAACCCUCGCCGCCACCACGGCGCCGUCUUUGAGAAGUACUCAGACCGUCGCUUCAAGCGUGCUGCCCUCUACGUCGAGACCGAGAUUAUGCGUGGCUUCCUUCUUCCUCCCGUGGCUGACCUGUCGAACCCGGCUCGCCUAGACGGCUAUGCGAACUACUAA